AUGAAGUUCACUUUGGGUUUGGAGUCUCGAGCGUGGAGAGUGUCCCGGGAGUCGACAGCAGAGGCUGUCUGCGGAGCGAGUGGUGGCGCGUUUAGCAGCAGCGCACAAAACAUACCCAACUUGUGUCCAGGCCAACGAAGGUCUGGGUUCGCGGGCGUGCUCCCUCUAUGCCUCUCCCGCGUCGGCCGGGCCGGAGCUCUCCUGGACCGUGCUGGGCCCAGCCCCUGCCAUCUCCGCACCAGACAGCCGGCUGGCCCGAGUGUCAUGGAGCAGGCAUACGGCGAGGUGAACCAGUUGGGCGGCGUGUUUGUCAAUGGCCGCCCCCUGCCCAAUGCCAUCCGCUUGCGCAUCGUGGAACUGGCGCAGCUGGGCAUCCGACCCUGUGACAUCAGUCGGCAGCUGCGAGUAUCCCAUGGCUGCGUGAGCAAGAUCCUGGCACGUUACAAUGAGACUGGUUCCAUCCUACCUGGAGCCAUCGGGGGCAGCAAACCCCGCGUCACAACCCCUAAUGUGGUUAAGCACAUCCGGGACUACAAGCAGGGUGACCCUGGCAUCUUUGCCUGGGAGAUUCGCGACAGGCUUCUGGCGGACGGCGUCUGUGACAAGUACAACGUACCCUCCGUAAGUUCCAUUAGCCGCAUUCUGCGAAACAAGAUUGGCAGUCUGGCUCAGACUGGGCCUUAUGAAGCAAGCAAGCAGCUGCCACCGCAGCCCAUGCUGCCUUACAACCACAUCUACCAGUACCCCCACCCCAACCCUGUAUCACCCACUGGCGCCAAAAUGAGCAGCCACCCCGGAGUAUUGGGCUCUGCAGACCACGUCAGCAUUCCCCGCUCCUGGCCCUCAACGCACUCGGUCAGCAAUAUCCUGGGCAUCCGGACGUUUAUGGAGCAAACAGGGUCCCUGGUUGGGAGUGAAGGGGCUCCCUACCCUCCCAAGAUGGAAGACUGGUCCAAUGUGAAUCGUACUACCUUCCCACAAGCCCAAGCAGUAAAUGGACUUGAGAAACCUGCCUUGGAGACAGACAUUAAAUAUCCUCAGUCGGCCUCCAGCCUCUCAGCCUUGGGCAGCUUUCUUCCAGCCUGCACCUACCCAGCCUCCAGCCAGCACAGUGUGUACAGUGCUCCAGGUAGUGGCUACCUCUCCACCGGUCCACCAUGGCCACCUGCUCAGGGUCCCCCAUUGGUUUCCCCUGGGGCCAGCAUGGCAGUGCAUGGUGGGGAGCUUGCCUCAGAAAUGGCUUUCAAGCAUUCCAACCAAGUGAUCGAACAGAAGCUUUCCAGUCCUGGCGCCAAAGCGUCCGACGCCCUCGGGAGCUUACAUGGACUAUCCAAUCCCGCCUCCACCUCCUAG